AUGGAAGAAUCUUCAUCACAACCCUCAAAAUCGAGCCAAAAGAGCAAUCAGCCUACACAGGGUGUCUUCCCCACGCCAGAUAAUACUACGUUCCAUGCCACGAAGCCUUACAAGGCCCUUGAUCGAUCAAGGAAGGAGACUCGACUACUCAGAGUUGAUAUCCGCAGCAGCGAGUUGACUGAAUUAGAGUGCGAGCUGGUACAGAACGUAUCGCUCUAUGACUGGGAUGGGAAAUACAUUGCGCUUUCCUACUCAGCUGGUUCGGCUUCCAAUACUUGUGAUAUUAUCGUAGACGACAUUAGAUUCCAGGCAUUUGCCAACCUUGAACAUGCACUGAGGCAAGUUUGCACCUACUGGAAGGCGAGUCAGGAUUAUGAGGCUACAAAGGGGCUGUUGGUCUGGGCGGAUCAAGUUUGCAUCAAUCAGUAUGAUUAUAUAGAGAAAGGUCAUCAAGUUGGUACGAUGACGGACAUCUAUCACUUGGCCGAACGAGUGGUCAUCUGCCUAUCGGCCGCCGAUAGAGAUCCAUUGUCGGAGGACACAAGAUGGCCACGUACUUGGGACGACGAGGAAGCCAAAACGAGCUUUUAUGUGGCGAAUGAGGGCAUUCAAUGGAUGAUGAAAGUGGGACUAGAUGUUCCUGUGGCACAAUAUCACGCACAAAGUGGAUCACAAGCCCUGACAUUGGACCAGCUCAAAGCAAGCAUGUUCAGAGACAUCGACAUUGAUAACAUCCGUAGACUCGAUUCUAUCCCCAACUUCAUGGAUCAUCAAAGACUAUUAGCAUACUGGGAUGAACAUGUGACAAGGACCACUCACAAUGCACCACCUUUCGGUCUCUGGGAUUUGUUGGAGAUUUUAAGAAGUUCUUGGUGGAGUAGAGCAUGGGUUACGCAGGAGUUUCUCACCGCAAAACGAGCGGACUUUAUUUUCCAGAAUCAUUCCUUCUCGUGGGAACGUCAUCUACAUAUAUUUUGCCCACCGGUCGAGGUAUUACGACAGGUUACAGCCUAUGAUAGCGAACUCUAUCAUAAGUACAAGAACUUCGAAGCAACAGGAUGCAUGGAUGACAAUCGGGAUUUACGUAGCGUGCAUCUCACUUGCGUUACGAAAUUGCUAUGGGACCAGAGGAACAAAGCGGAUUUGAAGCAAUUUUUGGUCCAGUCAUGGCGCUGCAAGGCAUCUGAUCAGCGAGACUUGGUCUAUGCUUUUCUUGGGCUGUCUCGAGAUAUCACUAUUGAGCCGAAUUAUUCGCCACAGAACAGCCUAUCAGCUGUACUUACAACAACAGCAAAAGACAUAAUCACAGCUGGGAAUAGCUUAGACUUCCUCCAUUAUGCCCCCCAAACCUCUUGGUUCAUCGAAUGGCACUUGCCUGGCCCGCAUUUACGAUUCGAUCAUUUCGAUGGCACAUCGAUUCCAAGGGGUACACGGAUACCAAAGUCUACUCCCAACUGUUACGGAUGUAAUAGAUUCAUUGAUCUCCACUAUUACAUCUGUGUGACUUGUACGGACUACACCGUAUGUAAAUGGUGCAUGCCUUUAAAUGUUUGCUUUAGAGACAAACACCAUGAAUUCUUAUCAAGUGUUGUACCAUGGCGUCAGGUUAUGAAUUUCCCGAUCCCGUCGUGGGCAUUCAACUGUACGGAAUACCAGCACAGACAAUUGAGCUACAGUCGAAAGUUCGAAAGCAAGGAGACCGGUGGGAGUAAAGCAGAUGCAUCUUUCAAGUUUCACCGUCUCAGAGCAUAUCCUAGCGCGUUUCCAGCCAUGGAGGUAUUGGGCAUGCUAAUAGCUCCGCUAUUUGACUCUCAAUCUGGGCAGUGGAACCUAAGACUCCGUUUUGAUAAUAGCCAGUAUGAGAAAUUCAAGGAUAUCAACGGGCCAUGUUCUCGGGACGGUGAGAUGAAUCCGUAUGCGGGUAAACGUAAACGACCACGGAGUGAUCCACUCUGGUAUUGGCCGGCUGAGCUCAAGCCGAACAAAUCCACGGCAGACGAUCACCUGUUCGAGAUUAAAUCAUGCCGCCUGAUCGAGAAGAGUGACCAAAUGUGGUUGCUUUAUGGGUCAGGAGCUCCAUUUAUUCUGCGGAAGAUCGAGGAUGUAUACCAUCUUGUUGCAUCUGUGGAAGUUAUACGCGAAAACAAAGACGGCUCGUUCUCUCCACAUCCUUCCAUCAAGCUGUUGGGGCCGGAGUGGCAUGAAAACCCAGUAAGGAGACGUAUUACGUUGAUCUAG